CCUUUGUAGCUGGUCUAAGUAUGUGAUGAUAGUGCUCAAAGGAUCGGUACCCAUGUCGUUUGGAGGAACUGAACAACCUGCUGCUUAUGGGGAGCUGGUAUCCAUUGGGGGCCUGAACCCUGAUGUUAACAAGAAGCUGAGUGCUGCCAUUGCCACAAUUCUUGAAACCAAGUUAUCGGUUCCAAAGUCUCGCUUCUUCCUAAAAUUUUAUGACACAAAGGCCCAUCAGAGCCAAGAAUAUGCACAGUGUUUGCAUGCUUUACACCAGCUAUAGAUCAUGUAAUUAGCCCU